AAAGGAGUCAAAUUCCGCUAGUCUUUGCCCAAGAAAACUGCGAAAUCCAUUUCUACCCUCUCAUUAAAUGUGCCAUUAACGCCGCUGAAGAAACACUCCCAGCUCCUUCCUCUCUCUCCCCAAUAAUCUCUGUUUCGAAUGUUAAAUCUUCUUGGAACUUUUCUGGUUUCUUGGCGCGUCUGAAGAAAAUCAACUGAGAAUUAUGGCUUCUUCACAAGCUCAGGUUGCUGGGGUGGCGGCGGCUGCGGCGGCGUCUUCCUCCGUCCUGAGAGAUCGAAACUGCCGGGACCGUUGCAGCCCCAAAGCGUUCCAGAAGAAUUUUAGAGAUUCGGUGCAUUCUUGCAUUUCCCCUCAACAGGGGAAUUUCGAUUCCGGUUCGGAUGAGAACCGGGUUGGCCUUCUGCGGGUCCAUAAACCCCAGCAGUAUCUGGACGCCCGGAGCGAUCAAUGGAGCAGCGACGCGGCGUUUUCCGAAAAUUGGGGGCUUCCCGCGGCGGAGGGAAAAGUUAGGGUUUGUGAGAUUUCGCGGCCAAAAUCGGAAAGCUCCUUUAGGCCUUCCUCCGGCGGCGUAUCUUCCCUUGUGAGGAAGUGGAGUGAUUUCGAGGCGGUGUCCAAAACCACCAAUUCCUCCGGCGCUUCCAAAGCCGGCACUUCCGCUGUCUUCGCGGAGGUUCCUGAUCGUCAUCAAGGUUCCGACGCCUGUGAAGAAUCUUCCUCAAAGAUUCCGGCGAACGGAGACUCCUCAUCCCUUUGUGGCUGGGAAUCCGACCGGACGCUGAUAAGCGGCCCUCAGUCCCUCAGCGGGAUAGAUUCCGAUGCCCCCGCUGAUGAGACGCCUGGCAAGGAGCGGAUCAAGGUGGCUGACAUAGUCAGGAAGCUUUCCUCUAGUGCCCCCGCUGAUGAGACGCCUGGCAAGGAAACCAGAGAUGAUCCACAGUCAAAAAUCAAGUCCUCUGAAUCUAAUAGAAAAGCGCGACCUUCAAUACUGCAUCUGAGGGAGAGAUUCUGUGCUGGAAUUCACCACAGCAUAACUCAAUCAAAAGCCAUGAAUGGAAAAGCUUUUGCAUCCAAUCAAUCCGGAGAAGAGGACCAUCAUGGGUCUUUCGUAAACAAUUGCAGUGAAGUAGAGGGUAAUAAUAAAACCUCAAGAAAUGGAAAUAUUUCUACUCUCAUUGGUGUUGAGGAAGAAGAGAGCAACCAUCAUUCCCAAAUAACUGAUUUUGCUGUAACUGACCCCAUGGGUUCGCAAGAAGAGGUGCAGCUAGAUACCCAAAAUUUAGGAGGUUCUUUUAGCUCAACUCAACUUAAAAGUUAUCUUAACGACGACACCCAACAACAAAAGUUGGAACAUUUCCAUGAUGAAACAGGAAUGGGAAGAGUGAGUUCUGAUGCUGGCUGCAAUGAUCAGUCAAUAGAGGCUGCAAUUCCCUUCUGGGAUAAUGAAGGCGGUGACGAUUCUUCAAUUUGUUGGGAACAGGAUGAUCAAGAAUCAUUAGAGAGUGAUUCGCCCGAACAGCCCGAAGUUGGUCAAGAUUGGGUAACGGAUGUUUCUCGCCCACGCAGCGAGUGGCAAGAUCUGAGGCAAGCAAGAUACGAGGAGAUGCUUGAUCCUUUCUCCGAUAACAAUGACAUACGAGAACUCCUUCAAAGGAGAAGUGUUUCAAAGUUUCUUUCUGGGAGUAUGAGGGACAAGAUAGAGCAAAUGAUGAUAUCUCGCUUGCAAAGACCACCAGUUCCGGUGAAAACCAACAUGCAGGAAACAACAAGAGAUAAAAUGCCUGUGAAAGAUGAUGGCAAUGAGGUGGAGGACCCAGUUCAAGUUGAUGAAAUUGAAUAUAAAGGCUUAUAUGAUGAUUUAAGUGGUGAUGAAUAUGAUGGUGUCGGCUGGACUCAAGAACAACCCGAUGAUGGAACUGGAGAAGAAUCUUAUCAGUCUUGGGGCCAAAAUCAAGAUGUUUAUACGAGUUUCGACUCUGAUCGUGUUGCAUCUAUAGCCUCCCCACGAUCUCAAUGUGCAAACUUUUCUUCACCUAGGUCAUAUCCACCCUCCUCCACAUGCCACCCUUCAAAUGAAAUAGAACUCAUAUAUGAACUAAGGGAGCAUAUGGUGCAACUCCACCAAGAAAUGUCUGAACUCAGAAGUUCUAUAAAGAGCUACACGAACAUGUUUGCAAAAUUACAAGGCUCAUUGAAGCACGGGGAUGCAGCAGCUCUCAACAAGUUAGGUCAAAAGAGGAGGAGUUCAAGCAGUAAACAUCCAAGCAAUCAAAAAUGCUGUAUCUGCUUUGAGAUGAAAAUCGAUUCUCUCCUAUACAGAUGCGGGCAUAUGUGCACCUGCUUCAAUUGUGCCCAUGAGCUGGUUUGGAGCAAUGGAAAGUGUCCGGUAUGCCAUUCGCCAAUAGUAGACGUGGUACGUGCUGUAUAUGCUCAUUCAUGAGGAGCAAACAAACUUCUUACAGAGGAGGCUGCCUUAAAACUCUGGCUCUUAAGGUAUUUUGCACAGAGGCAGCCAUCAGGAGGCUUCCUCAUCACACAUUGACAUAUGGAAUGUUUACUACGUACGACCGACGUGACUUACAAGUUUACGAAAUUACCUUGUAAAUAACAGAGAAAAUAACCC